AAUGAUUGCUGGUGGUUGGCUCUGUGAAAAACUGUGAGGGGAAGUGCUGCUUCUGUUCGGCCGAGGGGAGUAGUGUUUUACUGUCCAGGGAAACAAAACAUCACGGCUCCAGGGUUAACAUUUAUACCAUUUAUACAGAAGCGCUUUCAAUCUGAGCGGCAGUAAUGACGGAGGACGUGAGCGCGCUGCCUUGGUCCAUCAACAAGGAUGACUACGAGCUAGUGGAGGUGAUAGGGAGCGGAGCGACGGCAGUGGUGCAGGCAGCCUUCUGUGCUCCCAGGAAGGAGAAAGUAGCGAUCAAACGCAUCAACCUGGAGAAAUGCCAGACCAGCAUGGAUGAGCUCCUGAAAGAAAUCCAGGCUAUGAGUCAGUGCCACCACCCCAACAUCGUGUCCUACUACACCUCGUUUGUGGUGAAGGAUGAGCUGUGGCUGGUGAUGAAAUUGCUCAGUGGCGGAUCAGUGCUGGACAUUAUAAAGCACAUAAUUUCCAGGGGAGAACACAAAAAUGGAGUUCUGGACGAGCCCAGUAUAGCUACUAUUCUGAAGGAGGUUCUGGAGGGUCUGGAAUACCUGCAUAAAAACGGACAGAUUCACAGGGAUGUGAAGGCAGGUAAUAUUCUUCUUGGAGAAGACGGCUCUGUGCAAAUUGCAGACUUUGGUGUAAGUGCCUUCCUCGCAACAGGUGGGGACAUGACCAGGAAUAAAGUGAGGAAAACCUUUGUAGGAACCCCUUGCUGGAUGGCUCCGGAGGUGAUGGAACAGGUCAGAGGUUAUGACUUCAAAGCUGAUAUCUGGAGUUUUGGAAUCACGGCUAUUGAACUGGCAACAGGAGCAGCUCCCUACCACAAAUACCCACCCAUGAAGGUUCUAAUGCUAACCCUGCAGAACGACCCGCCAGGCUUGGAGACCGGCAUCCAGGAUAAAGACAUAGUGAAGAAAUACGGCAAGUCUUUCAGGAAGAUGAUCUCCCUGUGUCUGCAGAAAGACCCAGAAAAGAGGCCAACAUCGGCAGAGCUUUUAAAGCACAAAUUCUUCCAGAAAGCAAAGAACAAAGAAUUUUUACAAGAACGGCUGCUGCAACGGGCGCCCACGAUAAUAGAAAGAUCUAAAAAGGUACGGAGGGUGCCAGGUUCCAGCGGGCGGCUCCACAAGACGGAGGACGGGGAGUGGGAGUGGAGCGAUGACGAGCUGGACGAGGAGAGCGAGGAGGGGAAAGCUGCCGUCGCACAGUUAAGGUCACCCAGAGUGAAAGAGGGUUCACAAAACUCAGUGGACUUUCCACCAACAGAGCCUACAAGUAGUCACCUUCAGCCUUCAGGGCAAGUGCCAGCCCAACUACCUCAGCCUCCAGUCCAGGCCGCUGCACAGACCCUCCCAGCCAACGCUGCAGCCGCUGCCCAGGCUGCAGCCCCCACACCAGGCCAGGCAGCUGCUGCUCAGGUGCCCCCUGCUGCUCCCUCUGCUGCCCCAGCAUACGAUGCUACGCAGUCACCCAUCAGUUUGGUAUUGAGGCUGAGGAAUUUAAAGAAGGAGCUGAAUGACAUUCGAUUUGAAUUCAUGCCUGGGAGAGAUACCGCUGAUGGAGUUUCUCAAGAGCUGGUUUCUGCUGGGCUGGUGGAUGGAAGAGAUGUAGUAAUAGUUGCUGCUAAUUUGCAGAAAAUUGUUGAUGAGCCACAGACAACCCGAUCAGUCACUUUUAAACUGGCCUCUGGAGUUGAAGCCUCUGAAAUUCCAGACGAUGUUAAACUUGUGGGAUUUGCACAUCUCAGCAUUAGUUAAACUGCUCUGCAGGGACAUGACUCACCUAACAAAAAAACAAAACAAAAAAAAAAGAGGCACUCCUCUGCUUAUUCCUUACUUUUAUUGGCCUAAUGAAAACCACUAUUGCCAAAGAAAAUUCUAAAAACGCUGCCACCCCCAUAGGAUUCGAAACACCGCUUUGUAACUAAGAGGAUGUGUUUGUAAUGCAACUAAUAGGAAUCGCACUAAAAUGUUUACAGUGUAUGUAUGUUUGGAAUGAAGCAAUCGUCAACAUCCACUCACCCAGAGCUUUCCCGCUUUCCUUAUGCAAUCUCGACCUGCAAGUCCUGCGAAUGCAAACGUGCUUUCUGUUAAACAGUACCUCUGAAUACACAGCUGGGACCCCACUGUAGUACUGAACCCUAACUGUACAAUGGAUGUGCUUUCAGUUACUAACGAAGCUGUCCUGUAGGAAACCGAAUCAAUGCACACCCUGUAAGAGGGACGCCUCACAUCUUACUAUGUGAUCGUUUUGUGAUGCACACAGUAAGCAGUGUGCAUUAGCUAGCUGUGUAGCUAGGGCUGUUCCGUUAGCAAGCAUCCUCACGUUCAAACUGCAAUGGAAUAGCGGAGUAAAGCAGCCGGGCGCUUCCAGUAUUGCAGUCCUGAGUAAAAAGGAUGCACAGACACCCCUCCUCCCCUUUAGAGGACUUGCUGAUUCAUUUAUUUGCAGGCAACACAGUUGUGAUAAAGACAUUGCAUUACAGUGGAUCUCAACAGUUAGUUGCAUUUUUAUUUUUGGCUCUGGUAGUUUUGGGUAAUUUAUAACUUCUGAUUGUAGGAGGGUCUAUAUGUUUCCUUUUAGAAUAAACGUGGAUCUGAUGA